GGCCCAAAUUACAGGGGUACUAAUCGGGAAGUUUCCCUUAUCGUAAAACUUCACUGAAAACUKAAGAGGUUCUGAAGAAGAUCGAACGAGAGAAUCGACUGAAAAAUGUUGCUCGCUGUUCUCUUCUUCAACUUGGAGGGUAACAUCCUCGUCGAACGCUUUCAUGGGGUUCCAGCUGAGGAGCGGCUGCACUGGCGUACUUUCCUAGUUAAGUUGGGAUCGGAUAAUCUAAAAGGUGCCAAAAAUGAAGAGCUUUUUGUUGCUUCACACAAGUCAGUUUAUAUUGUUUAUUCAGUUCUUGGUGAUGUCUGUAUCUAUGUUGUUGGCAAGGAUGAAUAUGAUGAACUUGCUUUGGCAGAAGUCAUCUUUGUUAUAACCUCAUGUGUGAAGGAUGUAUGUGGAAAACCACCAACUGAGCGCCUGUUUCUCGACAAGUAUGGAAAGAUAUGUUUGUGUUUGGAUGAAAUUGUUUGGAAGGGGAUAUUGGAGAACACAGACAAAGAUAGAAUCAGAAGACUGAUAAGGUUAAAACCUCCUGCUGAUAUCUAAUGGGGGAGCUUCGUCCCUGUUUCAGUGAAGAUAUUAACUCAGAAGCCCAUGGCUCAGUUCUUCACUUCUCGCUCUGAUAUUGAUAUCCCCAACCUUUGAUACGUUAACAAAGUUGUGUAAAAUAUAUUGCAUGGUUGUUUUAAUAGGUGGAUAAUUGGGUAUACACUCUGAACCUAUUUGUUGUAAAAUAUUAGAUUGAUGAAUUCUCUAGACUUCAGUGAAAACUGUCGUCAAUAAGGCUCCACACUUGAAAGGAUACAGUAUACUUUUUGUCUAUUAUUAAGGUUUCUGUUCGUUUUGCUGCCUGGUUUCAA